AUGGAAGCUGAAGAGAAAAAAGGGGGUGUUCCUUUCCGAUUAAGCACUUGUCUUGAUUUUAUUAACUGUAUGGAUGAUUGUGGUAUGACUGACUCUAGUUUUGUAGGUAAUGUUCACACUUGGUGUAAUUGGAGAGGAGGAGCUGGCAUAAUUAAGAUUAGGCUGGACAGGCUUAUGCAUAAUAAGGAAUGGGCCACUAAAUUUCCAAAUAUUACAGUGGAACAUCUUUCUAAGAUUGGAUCGGAUCACAACUUACUCUUGGAAACUGAGGUAUAUGAUAAUCCUAUGUGGAGGUUACAUCAAAAGCUUAAAAUUCUAGCUAAGGAGUUAAGCAAAUGGUCCAGAGAAGGUAUUAGAGAUUUGUUGAAGAGGGUCAAAGACCUGGAAAAAGAUGUAGCAGCUGCUAAAACUGCUUAUUUAGCUUUAGACUCUGACAGUGAUGGAGAGCACUUCAACAGAUCCAAGGCUGAAUACAUUAGAUGGUUGAAGAUGGAAGACUCUAUCCUCAGACAGAAAGCUAGACUCAAAUGGGCUGAGGAUGGAGACUCCAAUACUAAUCAGAUGUUCACUGGAAAUACAAGGCUGGGGAACUUGGAUUUUGUUAGAGACUGUGAUAAUCUAAUCAAUGAUGAAGAUAACAUAUUGUUGACAAAGAUUCCAACUAUCGAGGAAAUCAAAAUGGCUAUUGAUUCUAUGGAUCCAAAUAGUUGUGCAGGACCGGAUGGGUACAAUGGCCAUUUUUCCAACAUAGUUGGGACAUUAUCAAAGUUGAGAAUCAACAGCAUUCUCCCUAAGAUUAUAUCUGAUAACCAGUUAGGUUUUGUUAAAGGUAGGCAGAUUACUGAAAAUAUCCUGUUAACACAGGAUAUAGUUCAUGGAAUCAGGAAGAUGGUAUUUGAUGAGAUGUUUAUCAAAUUGGUUUAUAGAUUGAUCUCUAACAACUGGUACUUAGUGAUCAUCAAUGGUACUAGAUAUGGUUUCUUUAAAUCAUCUGGAGGUUUAAAACAAGGGAACCCUUUAUCCCCUGCUCUCUUUAUUAUUGCUGCUGAGACUCUCUCUAGAGCCUUGAACUAG